CAACAUCGAAGAAGUUUUAGAAAACACAAAAUUUACCAACGAUCAUGAUGUUGAGCUCAAUUUUUUGGAAAAAAGAGUUGGUAUCGGGUACAAAUUUUCAUAUUCAAAGUAUAGCGAGAAAUUGGUAAAACGUGACUUAAAAAUAAAAAGAUUGAAGGCUCAAGAUAAGAACAAAAACAUGAAUGAGAUUAGUAGUGAGGAAACUGAGCCGAUAACAAAGAUGGAUGUUAUUAGGAAGAGGUUCAAAAGAUGCUAAAUUUUGUGAAAAAUCAUAAACAAUUGGAGUAAUAUUCCUGCAAUAUAAUGAUUUUACAGUUUUUAACAUGAAUAGUGUGGUUGGAUACCGUCAUAGAAUGUUUAAUUUGUAUACGCAAAAAGGGGAAAUAAAACUUAUUGUUAUAGAUUGUUUGAAAAAAAAUAACAAAACAUUGCGGGAACGGUAAAUAGCAGGCGGCGUACUGAGUGGAAGGUGCCGCCCAAUAUUUGCGAUUGGUUAUAAACUUAAGACGAAAAGUAUUUAAAGAAACCAUCUAAGUAAAAGAAUGGACAGGAAGUUUUAUCAGUACGCUUUUAUUUUAAUUGUGCUAGUUAUGCUAUCUAAUGUGUAUAGGGCAAAGUGUCAGUCAACAAUCGGGAAAAAGCAUCAGAAUGAGGAUGGUGAUGUCUCUCCGGCUGCAGAGGAGGGGCAAGGAGCACCAUUGGCUAGCGAGGAGAAAAGUGAGGGCGGUGGUGUAGGUAACUGGUUCGGUAAAAGUAAGAAUAAAGGUUCAAAGAAAGGAAAGGAGUCGUUCUUCACGAAAUAUAGAACGUACAUCAUAAUUUUUUUGGUUGUCAUCGUAAUCGCGGUUAUAGCUGGUGUGGUCUUUGCUCUUUUCAAGAAAUAAAGUUUAUCAUACUGA